UUGUGCUGUCAAAGUCAAAAAGUUUUCUUUAACAAUAUUGCAAGUGAUUUAUAUUUCUUAUUUAUUGUUUUUGUUUUUGUAAAAUAUUCUCACGCUUUUACUAACUUUAGUCAUAAAUUUCUAAACGAUUGAUUUUUACAUAUUAUCCACCUCUUUAUUCUCAUCUUAUACAUUAUUAUCUAAGAUAUCCUAAACGACAUCAGUGUGUUAAUGAAUUGAAUCACGAUGAAAGUGCAUUUAAAAUAACUGCAAGUAGGUGGAGUGUGAAAAAUAUCAUCAGUUUAGUGUGUUAGUUCAACAAUAUUACAUUGAAAUGGCGGAUAGUGGUUCGUUUGUUGCUAAGCCGGCGCGAGGCUGGUUGCACCCGGAUGCUGUCCUUGCCAGUGACGGGAUCACGUACGCAGUCAGGUAUAUUGGAUGUAUGGAGGUGCUAACAUCAAUGAAAAAACUUGAUUUUGAAACAAGAUCCCAAGUUGCCAAAGAGUGUAUUGCUCGAGUAUGUGCUGCAGCAGGUCUCCGCUCUGCUGAUAAAAAGAGACGAGUCAGCCAAGCAGCAGCUCGGGCUUUAGCAGCUAGACCUCGAAUGGCGCACACAGGGGAAAAUGUAGCCCUUACAGUAUCUUCUAGAGCUAUAACCCUGGCAGCUCUUGAAGGUGGCGAAACUGUUGCCAGACAUGAAAUGCCUCGAGUAUCUUUUGCUUCUGGAGGUGAUGCAGAUUCCCUUGACUUUGUGGCAUAUGUGGCCAAGUCUGCUCCUCCUACAGAGUGGAGGGCUUGUUAUGUAUUAGAAUGUGGAGGGAGAUUGGCACAAGAUGUAAUAGCAACUAUAGGACAGGCCUUUGAAUUACGUUUCAAAGAGUUCUUAACUAAACCUUCAUUAUUGAAUGUCAAUGGAUCUCGGUCGUGUGGCAGCGAGGCGGCGGCGGUAGUGGCUGCACUAGAGGACCGCGACUACUACAAUGAUAUGCCCGAUAAGAUGCCGCCUGAGCCAGGCCCCGCACCUGCGACCGCCGCAGUUCCAGCACCCGCUUCCACCGCUCAUGCACACAGACACCCUCCGCCGCCGCCGCUCGCCUCACUUGCUCCUAUCUCUUCUUGCGAAGAAAGCGUCCGCCAUUACGUGAACCAAACACCUCCGCCGCGCACUCCGCCCACAGCACUACUUCCUAAUCACCACACAGAUAUCUUCGAUAUGCAGCCGUUCACGGCGACGGCGGUGUCGACGCCGAGCGCGUCCCCCAGCACAGCAGCGGCGGCGUGCGCGGCGCCCGACGCGGCCGCGGCGGCCGAGCCGCUGUCGGUGCAAGCGCAGGCAGCGCUGCUGGCACGCGAGCCCUGGUACCAUGGGCCCAUAUCCAGAACCGCCGCCGAGAAGUUGGUGGUGGAGGAGGGCGAGUUCCUGGUACGCGAGAGUGCAGCGUCGCCGGGUCAGUUCGUGCUGACGGGCGCCCGCCGCGGUGCUCACAAGCACCUGCUACUCGUUGACCCCAACGGCGUCGUACGAACGAAAGACAGGGUGUUUGACAGCGUCCCGCACCUGAUCAAGUACCACUGCACCAACGAGCUGCCGAUCGUGUCCGCCGACUCUGCGCUUCUACUCCGCAAACCGGUGCUUCGCUCGGGCGCCUCCUGAGACAAGUCCAAGGCGAGGAAGUCGAGGCAUCCGGCGAAAUGAACGUCUGAUAUAAUCGACUAAUCCUCGCGUUAAACAAAAUAAUCUCGAAAGACACACUAAUGCGGUAAACGGUCUCACUAAUCGCGAAUGUAAUGGCGUGAGAAUAAGUCAUCUUCGAAAUAUGCCAAGAAAGUUUUAUGGUCGCGAUCUCGACACCACAACAAAAUUCUUAGUGUGUUUACUAACAGCAGCUUCCUAGACUAGUAACAAACUAAUCUGUCAAUAGAAUUGUUAUCACUGAUAAAAUCCAUGAGAUAAAAUAACAAACAAUUCCAUUGACGGAUGCGUUUGUUAUUUUUCUACGAGACUUGCCUUCGUGACGAUUUAGUAUUCGGGUCUUAGCGAUUAGUGAGACCGUAACAUAUAAUGAAUACCAGGAAAAUAGGAAUUGAGAAUUUAUAAAGAAAAAUUAUUAUUCUUUAAUCGGCUAUUACUCUAUAUCGUAUCAAAUCCUUUAUUCUGGCUACUAGACAAACGACAAUCGGAUCGAUCGAUAUAUACGUUUUCGUUAUCGUACGAUUAAGAAUUAUUCUAUGUCAUGUAUGCGUUAAAGAAAGCAUCUAUCCAUCAAUUUGUUUGCCCCUCUCUGGCUGGUAAAAAUACCGGAAAGCAUAUGUUUUUAGACAUACAUAUAAAAUUAGAAUGAAUUUCUAUUCUAAUUUCAAAUUUUUUUUUUUAAUGUUGUAAUUAUAAUGAAGUGACUUCCUAUUGAAUGUUGCCUGAGUUGCGAGAAUCUCAAAUUAAAACUCGUCUGUCCUGUGCUAUAUGAUAAAUGUAUGAUAUCAUACAUACUUUUUAUUAUGUAAGAAAAGAUACAUACUGUAUAGUUUCUAUAAAGGAUCAUUUCCAAUGUUACUGUAAAUUGACUAUAUAAAUCGAAAUACAGCUUAUGGAUACUCUGUGAUUAAAAUAUAAACGUAGCAUUCUUAUAAUGCCUUGUAGGUAAUUUUCCAAUUACUACUUCCGCAUAAUAUUCAAUGUAUGAUAAUCAGAUGUUAUACCGACGUUUAUAGAACUGCACAAAGCUGUAUGUGCGUAGUGCACUUGUACUGCAAAUUAUUGUCACUGUUAAUUACGCAUUUGCAUUUAGCACAUUCCAUUGAACUAUUUUUCUAUUCUACUUUUGAACACAUUGUUAUUUUUACAAUUAUUUACCAAAGCCAUCACGAAUAACAUAAAGUCUAUGUGAUUUUAUCAAUUAUACGCUGCUAGUCUUCACCAUAAUUUAUACUUUAGUGUGAAGACUGCUUAUUAUUUAUUACAAAUUAAGAUAUAAUAAGUUUGCCAUUGACAUCGUGUAAUCGAAUGCCGAAUAGUACUUUUUCAGAGUUGUCUUAUUUUUUUAUAUUAUGGAAUAUCUAUUUUGAUACUAUGCAUCUACAACACCAUUCCAUUAUAAUUUCCAAUGCUGUGCUUUUUCAAUAUUGUAAUAUAAGACGAUACAAUAUGUAUGUUAUUAUAAUCACGAACUUAUACAAUGAAAUAAAAUAUAGGUGCUACACAGGCUUACUUAAAUAUUAUAGGUGAAUUUAGUGUGUAGGUAAAUUUAAAAUGUAUAUAAACACAUCACAAUUAUGAUAUGAAUAUUACCCUAAUUUAUUUUUAAGACUGUUUUAGGCAUGAAAUAUAUAAUUGGUUAAUUAUAAAAUUGUGUCAUUUCAGAUGUUUUAAACGUUAUUGUAGCAAUCCCCAUAAAUUGAAUUAUAAUUUUGUAUCUAUCGAAGAUACCCUUAAAUUUAUCGUCUGUAACAAACAUUUAUAGACUGCUUUAUUUUGAGGACAAUUCUAAAAUGUUCUACUCUAAUGCUGCCUUAAACUGUCUAAAAUAAGGUACUAAUCUCAAAAUUUGUACUUAUUUCGGACAGAUUAAACAUUUUAGAAUCGACCGUCUUAUUUUCAAGACCAAGUAUUUGUAUUUAUGUACACGUGACCUAUAUGUAAGAAAAAAAUAUUGACCUAGCACGUACUUUUUAUACCAACAAACAAGAAAUUGAUAUGCUACUGAAAAAUAUUUGGAAUACAACUUACUAUUUCUUUAUUAUUUUACUUUUUGUUAUUGAUUCCUGCGAAAAUGUUAUCAAAGAUAUAUCUGUAUAAAAAAAAAUAUAAUUAGUUCAAUGUCAAGAAAAUUUUCUUUAAACCUUGCGUUGAAUUAUAUUUUUAGCACAAUUGGCCUAAUAAUUUUGAAAAUCGUACAAUAUCUUUAUGCUCCUGUGAAUUAUAAUAGCGGCCAAUAGGUUUCUUUAGAGAAAUUUAUAGAAUUUAAGACUAGUGAAGUGACAGUUAAAGCUGGCCUUUAGUACUACUAUCUGUGGACUUACGCAAAGUGAUAUUAAUAUCAAUAUUAAUAUUGACGUAGACUACUUCCAAUGUUUCAUCAUCACUUGACUACCAUCAAAAAAACAUUUAAUUGCGUAUCAUCCUUUAUCCAUUUUUUUUUUUUUUUAUUGUAUUAAUGAGUUUCGAAUACAAAUAAAUUAGAAAGAUCUGCACAAAUAAUUAGAAGUAUGUAUUUAUACUUCUGAAUAUAGCUACAAUCUAUAUAUCUUCUAAGUAUUAUAGUGUAUUGAAAAUAUUAAUGUGAUUUCAAAUAAAAUAUUUAAAUAAA